CCUCCCAUUUUUGCCCGUCCAAUUUCGAGUCAGCCGUUCUGCCAGCUCUCGAGACACGGCCCUGCUUCGCGGAACCCCUCCUUUGCUAACAAGCUGUUCAGAAUGUCGUCCAAGAAGCCCACCGGUAAGACCCAGCGCUCGGCCAUCGCCGAUGUUGUCGCCCGCGAGUACACCAUCCACAUGCACAAGCGCAUGCACGGUGUCACCUUCAAGAAGAGGGCUCCUCGCGCCAUCAAGGAGAUCAAGGAGUUCGCUUACAAGGCGAUGGGUACCACCGAUGUCCGCAUCGACCCCCAGCUCAACAAGAAGGUCUGGGAGCAGGGUGUCAAGGGCGUUGCCUACCGUCUCCGUGUCCGUAUCUCGCGCCGCCGUAACGACGAGGAGGGCGCCAAGGAGAAGCUCUACAGCUACGUCCAGGCCGUCAACGUGAAGAACCCCAAGGGUCUCCACACCGUUGUCGUUGAGGAGUAAAUUUGGGUGUUCUGGCAAAACGAAUUUUUGGCACGAAGGGACCGCGGUUCAGGUUCAGGGCGGCAUUGGGCUUCCGGAGUUUUCGCAUGGCAUCUAGCUUCGCAUUACGAAUAAAGGGUUCGUAAAAUGGAACACGGCACCUUCGAUACCACCAAACCGCCUCCAGCAACGAUGAGGGAAGACAAUCGCAGUGUGAGGGCGUCGCAGAUGGUCAGGCAGGGGCUUCGUCAUGAAAAAUGAUACGCUCUAUGGACGAUAUACUGUCCAUUACAGCCAAUGCUUGAUGUACUUCAUAAAACCAGUCUGCAACCGGUAGCAGACGCGAGCAACAACGGGAUACCCAUUAAACAAACCCGCCCUGAUAAUGCAAUCCUGUUCCAGAGACCAAUACGCCAGGGAUUCCAACCUUUGAGAAUAAACCAAUUUCUCCUAACCCAAUGCUCUCCUAAACUGCUCCUGCAUUUCAUCUUCAGUCGUCGUCAAUGUCCCUGUGACGGUCCAUGACCUUGGUCUUGAACAAAGCCGGUUCUUUGUCCCAAAGCUCAGCCGCCUCGCCGUUGAGCGGGGAAGCGUUGUUCGGCUCUCCAAGCAGGGAUUGCAAGCUCAACAGGACGGUCUGAGUGUUGUAAGCAGCAGUCCACUUAUCCUUGAGGAUGU